AUGGGUGAACCAUUGGAAAAUGAACUUAGAACAUUCAUGGAAAACAAUGAUAGAAAAACUCAAGCUCUAAUGGAGCAAAAUGAAAAAACAAGUCAGGCUUUUCUUCAAGCCUUACAAGAUAUGAAUACUACCAUGAACACUCUUAGAAAUCAUUCCAAUGGCAGAGAAGAAAAUUCUAAUCAUUCUGAAAACACUCAUAAUACAUCUUCCAGCUGCAGAAUACAAAAACCCAAUUUCCUACCUAGAGAGGGAAAUAAUAGGGAAGAAACAAAUAACUCCUCCAUGAAUAAUACAGAAGAAAUAGCCAUGGCCUAUGCUAAAUUAGGGCCAGAAGUAAGAGAGAUUGUAUCUUUUAGGGAGUUUUGUGAAGCAAAGAAAAAUGAGACCCCUAGGAGAAAACCAUUUAGCAGGGAUCUAAAACACAAAGUAAAUAAACUAUCAAUACCUAACUUUGAUGGCUCCGGAAAAAUAUCAGCCCAAGCAUGGAUACAAAAACUUAAUACAUACUUAAAUCUCAACCCCAUGACAGAAAAUGAUGCAGUUCAAUUUGCCAUUUUACACCUAGAAGGUUUAGCCCAUGAGUGGUGGUAUCAUGGCACCCUCACACAAGGUCAUGAUGGUAUAACUACAUAUGACGAGUUCACUCAGAAACUCAUUAAGAGAUUUGAGAGGAAACACCCACAAAAAGAUUUCAAAGAAUUAACCCUCUUAAGACAAAGGGGAACAGUGGAGGAAUACAUCACUGAAUUUCAAAAAAUUUCCAUAAGGGUCUCAGGAGUGGAUGAGGACAGGCUCACCUAUCUUUUUGUGGAGGGACUCAAAGACUCCAUUAAAGGAUUGAUGAGAGCAUUAAAACCUCCUACUCUAGACGAUGCCAUAGAUAAAGCAUUGGGCCUAGAAGACACUUCAACUUGGGAGAAACCCUCCAAAACAUUCACUAAAAAUACACAUACUAAAGAAUGGCCUAGGAAGGGAAACACCUUUAAAGAAAGGGAAGAGAGUAAAAGAAAGAACGUAUGUUACCAUUGUCAUGAGAAAUGGGAAUAUGGUCACAGUUGCAAAGAAGGAAAUGAAAUAGAUAUGCUUAAGAAAAAAUGGCUAUGCUUUAAGUGCAAAGAAAAGUGGCAACCGGGUCACAUAUGUGGGAGGAAGAGCCAAGCCCACAACUUGGAAGCCUUAUCUAGUGAUGAGGAAGAAGAACUCAAUGAACCCCCAAGCAAAAGAGGAAAAAUUACUGAAGAUGUGCAAGUAUCAUUAGCCGCAAUUUCCGUAGCUUCAAAACACCAUCCAUUCAGAAUCAAAAGUAUGAUCAAAGGGAAAAGAGUAAUUGCGCUCCUGGAUAGCGGGGCUACCCACAACUUUAUUGAUAAAAGUUUGGUAAAAAGAUUGAAGCUGACAACACAAGAGUUUAAGGGUUUCCAAGUAGCUCUUGCAGACGGAUCCACUUCCUCAUGUAACAAAAAAAUCCCUCAAUUAAACAUAACAUUAGGGAAACACCCUACCAAAGAAGAUUUUUAUGUGGUAGAGUUAGGGGAUUCAGAUGUAAUCCUAGGAAUUCCAUGGAUACAUUCCUUGGGAAGAUUCUACCUCGAUCACCCCAAAUUGGAGUUAUGUUUCACUCAAAAUGGACAGGAAGUAUUAAUCCAAGGGUUGCAUGAUGGCACAACCAGAAUGGUAACUUCCAAAAAGAUGGAAAGGAUUUUUAGACGUAGCCAAGGAGAGUGGGCUGCCCAAUGCAUGGUACUAGACAAAAAUUCAAACCAAGGGGAAGCCAUUCAUGUUGAUAUUAAACCCAUUAUUAAAAAACAUAAAAAAGUGUUUGAGGAUAUCCCAAAAGGACUGCCACCCAAGAGAGGAUUUGAACACACUAUUGAACUUGAAGAAGGUGUAAAACCAGUAAUCACCACCCCUUAUCACCAUCCAAGGGGCUAUAAGGAAGAAAUUGAGAAAGCUAUCAAAGAGCUUCUAGAAAUGGGGCACAUUCAACCUAGCUCCAGUCCUUUCGCCUCCUCUGUUGUAUUGGUGAAAAAGAAGAAUGGGACCAUGCGGAUGUGCAUUGAUUAUAGAGCACUCAAUAAGAAGACUAUAAAGAACCGAUACCCUAUCCCUAGGGUGGACGAACUUAUAGAUGAAUUACAUGGAGCAGUAUACUUUUCAAAAAUAGAUUUGAGAUCGGGAUACCAUCAGAUAAGAGUGAGGAAGGAAGAUGUUCCCAAAACAGCUUUUCGAUGCCACUAUGGCCACUUUGAGUUUUUGGUCCUUCCAUUUGGCCUUACAAAUGCCCCUGCCACCUUCCAGUCAUGCAUGAAUCACAUCUUCAGGGGACAGUUGAGGAAGUUCUUGUUAGUAUUUUUUGACGAUAUAUUGAUUUACAGCAAAACUUGGGAAGCACACUUGAGGCACAUAGAUGAAAUAUUGGGCCUACUUGAACAACAUUCUCUUUUUGCCAAAAUGUCAAAAUGUGAGUUUGGGAUGGAAGAAAUUUUGUAUCUUGGUCAUAAGAUCAGCACCCAUGGAGUUAAGGUGGAUGAAGAAAAAAUUGAAGCCAUCAAAAAUUGGCCAAGGCCCUGA